ACGGUCCUUUCGCUAACAUGGAGGACGCCACAUGUUCAUAACAAACAUCUCCGUUGAACUUCAGUUUUGAAAAUAACAUUUUACGAUGGAGUCGAUAACAAAUACAGCAGCUGAUGUAACUGUAAGUAUGGACAGUGACGGUAAUCCAGACGGAUUUGAGAAGGUGAAAUCAAAAAAGAGUCAGAAACGCAAGCGGGAUGCGGGAGAAGUGGACAUGGACACAGGAGCAGUCAAGAGACCGAGCUUCCCACCCAUAUCAGGAGAUCAACUGAGGGGAGGUGCGGAUGAGAUGCGUAAAGUGCCUGUUCCUGCUCACCGUUACACACCUCUAAAAGAAAACUGGUUGAAAAUUUUCACCCCCAUUGUUGAAAACCUGCAGCUUCAAGUCCGGUUUAAUCUCAAAACAAGAAAUGUGGAGAUUAAAACAUGCAAAGAAACUCAAGACAUUAGUGCUCUCACCAAAGCUGCAGAUUUUGUGAAGGCCUUUGUUUUAGGAUUUCAGGUGGAGGACGCACUGGCACUGAUCAGAUUAGAUGAACUGUUUUUGGAGUCAUUUGAUGUCACCGAUGUUAAACCUCUUAAAGGAGACCAUUUAUCCAGAGCCAUCGGUAGGAUAGCUGGGAAAGGAGGCAAGACAAAAUUCACCAUUGAGAAUGUGACGAAAACAAGGAUUGUGCUUGCAGACACUAAGAUUCAUUUACUUGGAUCUUUUCAGAAUAUCAAAAUGGCACGGACAGCAAUAUGCAACCUCAUUCUCGGGAGUCCUCCGUCAAAGGUGUAUGGCAACAUUCGGGCUGUGGCAAGCCGUGCUGCCGAGAGGUUCUAACGUGUGAUCUACUCAUCUUCAUAUUACACAGCUCAUGGACUGAAUUAUUAUCUGAUUUCAUUUUUUGUCUGCCACACUUCCUUGAAAUGCAUCAAACUGAGCACCGAUGGACUGCUGUUAUUUGACAGAUACAUCAAGCCAAUGGAUAUUCACUGAUACUUUGAAUAAAUAAAAACAACAAAGAAAUUGAA